AUGACCAGAACCUCCGUAUUAGCAGACGCUUUAAACGCCAUCAACAACGCUGAAAAAACCGGUAAACGCCAAGUUUUAAUCAGACCAUCAUCAAAAGUCAUCAUCAGAUUUUUGACGGUGAUGCAAAAGCACGGUAUGUUUUCUUGCUUCCUACGUCUUUGAUUUUUUUUUGCGCUUUUUUUUCUUUCAUGAAGAAAAAGAAGAUCCGAAUUGAUAACUGGAUGGAUUGAUCGGUGUUCAGUCCCUUUCUGUCUUUUAAGUAUUCGGAAGAAUAACUGGGAACUGCUUCUUACACGGUGACUACUUGCAUAAAGAAUUUUUUUUAUUUGAUUCUUUUUGUUUAUUUGGUUUUGACCGUUUACUGUUCCUUGACAUUCCAAUGUUUCAUUGAACUUGAAUACUAACAAUUUUCAAAAGGAUACAUUGGUGAAUUUGAGUACAUUGAUGACCACAGAUCAGGUAAGAUUGUGGUGCAAUUGAAUGGUAGAUUGAACAAAUGCGGUGUCAUUUCUCCUAGAUUCAACGUCAAGAUUGGUGACAUUGAGAGAUGGACUGAUAACUUGCUUCCUGCUAGACAGUUUGGUUACGUGAUAUUGACCACUUCCGCUGGUAUAAUGGACCACGAGGAAGCCAGAAGAAAACACGUUUCUGGUAAAAUUUUGGGAUUCGUCUAUUAA